GUAAAAUUCUUCAAAACUCGGUGCAUUUUCAUGUCAUGGUGGGGAACUUGACUUGAAUAGCAGACACCAGCAGAGACCAGAAACAAACAAAAAUUUGUGCGUGAUUCAAGCGUUGAUAUUUCUGUUAUUUUCUAUUAGUAUAAAAAUGGAGCCGAAGCUUUCUACAGAAAUAAUGACAGGAUUGAAAAGAAUGGGCAAUUCCACCCUUGUCAGUGACGAAGUUUUUGUAAAAUCUUUACAGUGUGGAAUGACUACCAUAACCCAACCAGACUUCACGUCAGCCAACCUCUCUAGUAUUUCUUCUGGUUCCUCCAAAGGAGAUGUGGUCAAGGAAGCUCACUGUGCUCUUUUGUCCCUAUUUGUUGAAUCUGCUCGCUUAGAUCUCACUCUGGAUUCCCUUACUGUUUUUCUAGAGACUAAAGCAAAUUGGCCCCAAACUCGAUGUAAAAUGUUAGCUGAUGCCUAUGCCGCUUGUGUUUCUAAAGUUCAAGCCUGUCUUUCUAAUAUUAGUGUUCAUCCCCCUCACAUUGUGGAUGUUCAGUGGAGUUUGAAUCACAAUACUAAGUCCAGCAGUAACAAGCAAACCACUAGCUCAUUCGUUUCUGUGCAAUUUGAAACCGAAGGUUUACCAGAGGGUCAAGAAGAUAAGCUGGUAAAAUUUGAGUGCACAUUGGCUGAACUUCAGGAUAUGGUGUCAAAACUUAAGGAAGCUUUAAGACAGGUUGAACAUAUUGCACAUAUUUAAAAUUCUCACCUCAAGGAAAAUAUUACUGACAGUUAUGUAACUGAAGUGUUGUAACUGUUAAACCCAAGAACAACCAACACACAAGCUCAAGUUGGCAUUCAUUACUCAUUAAUGAAAGAUAAACUCAAAAUAAAUAACAGAGUGAAA